AUGCUUUCUCACAAGUGGCCUUCAAGUUCAGAACCGUCUGAACCAGAUGACGAAGAAGUCGCUACAACCAUAAUCGACGGUGCAUUUCCAAUUGAACCCGUGUCUCUCUGCGUGUUUAGGACGAGUACACGAGUUCCACCUCUUCCUACAAAUCUUAAGGAACGCAUCGCGGCCAUAGAGCAAAAAGUUGGCAAUGCUGGGCCCAGUUCAAGAUCGAUAUCGCCAGCGCCAGGGGCACUUCCGAACGCUCCGACCAAUGCAGGCGCACUGCGCGACAAAAUUGCUAAGUUUGAGGGAAAGGGAGGCAUACCGGCCCCAAGAAGCAGGUUCGGGAUGGGUGCACCUCCUACAGCACAGGCGCCGCAGAGGAGUGGAGAGCUUUAUGGGAACCGUAUUCCAGCCCCUGCGAGGUCGGUCAGCAAUGGUGUCUACCCAGCGAGUCGCGCAGCUUCUCCGACAGGGGACACGAUUUCACCCACCGACCGACGCUCUUUCUCUCUUUCAAGUGUAAUGAACGACUUUGACGACCGCCUAGGGGACUACACACCUGUCAGCUCUCCCUCAUACACCUCUCCUGUCGAGUCGCCCGAGUCCGUGUUGUCCAUGCCGAAUAGCCCGGAACUCUCCCCUGGCGCAAAAAGCAUUGACAUACGUAGGGGGACCUCGUUUCAGAAAGCACUGGAGAUCGCUCGAAAUGCGGAGCACGCGAAGCUGGAACCAUUAGACCCUGCUGUUAUUUCUGCACUUCGACCACCACAGCUGCAAGAUGAUAAUGGCGAAGAAGUAGAAUCUCCUCAGUCAACUCCAGCCAUUGUUGUUUCCACCGAGGUGUCUCCUUCCACCGAGGCUCCAGAAUCAGCUCUGGAUGUCACUGUUUCCUCUCAGGCAAUUCCCAUUGACGAGGCAAGCCCUACCGUCUUUACAGAUACCACCGAAUCCACUCCGCUGAAUGUUCAGAACGUCGCACAACUCAAACCUGAGGUUGCUGCACCCUCAGUCAGUGAUGACAAGAUUUCGAUGCCUGUUGCCCCUGUGAUAAUCGAGGUCACUCCUCUGGCCGUUCGAAAAAGGCGAGGUACAAUAUCGCGUCAGAAUUCAGACUCAAUCCCUUCUGAACACAUUCCGGAUGUGCCACCUAUUCCACAAAUCCCUACAAAUGUCGACCACGAUGCUGAAAAAUCGACCCCACCUGCAAUUAUUGUUCACGAUGCAGCGACAUCCAAGCCCAUCACUGAAGAUUCCGAGAAUCAAGAGAAUCACUUCAAUUCCCGCAAUGCUGCGUUAAUACUCGACGCAAUUUCCAUUGAUCCUCAAAUUCUCAUUCCACCUUCUCUUGCUACAGGUGUUUCGCUUACCGAUGUCUUAAAUGAUUAUAUUGUAGGAGAGCACACUUCGGAGGACGAGAAACGGGCAGCUGCAACAACCACGCCUCCUCCUAUGGUUACUUCCUCAACGCCUUCUUCUCCGCCUGCCAGACUCGCCUACGAUAGUCCAGAAAUCUCACCUGCAGAAAUCGUUGAGUCUCCUCCCAUCCCUAUAGCAAAGCCACGAGCCAAAGCGACUCCCGAACCACUCAACUUCCUCUCCCCUCCGGCAAGCGGCAUGCUACCUUCCUCAACUUCAGCCUCAGUAGCAGGUGGAUCUUCCUUGAACUCACUUUCUACCUCACUUAGCUCGCGUCCGAUGAGCAUGAUAGAGACCAGCCCAAGCCUCGUCACCCGCGCCAUGCGCAUGACACCCGCCACUAGCCGUGGCGUACCCGUGUUUAUCCCGCCCCCUGCCAACACGCAACCUCGCAAAUCCGAUUUUGUCUACUUCCCACCGACUCCUGACCCCGAGGAAUCCGAAUUCGGAGAAAUUCCCCGAGGAGGUGCGAAUGGGUCAAUGCAUAAAGCGUCGCAAUCAUUGUCGGAGGGUACGGCGAAGGGUGAGGAUGCAAAUAAGGCUACAACGUUCACGGCAGUGGUGCAUGGCAAGGUGCGGGAAGCGUCGACGACGCUGCCUUCCACUAGGAGGUAUGUCGCGCCAUCGACGCCCCAGAUGAAGAGGGUGCAGAGGCAGACCAUCGCUGAACCCCCCUUGAGUCCUGGACAAGGAGAGCUCGCGGCGCUGCUUCAGGAGGCUAUGUGGUUGGAGGACACACUGAGUAAAGGCGAGCUUCCGGCGGAGAUUAUACAACAGAAAGAAAUGGAUGAGAGAGCGGAGCUUGAGGUAAUUGAGGAGGAGAAUGUGGAGAAAGUUAGACCUGCGAAAGGGGAAGAAGAUGGACUAGCAGAGGAGCAAAAGGGGAUCACUCAGGCCUCUACCAAGUCGCAAGACACGAGGAAUGAGCCAACCUCUGGCAAAUUGAAGCAUACCUUUUUGAUCCCAUUGUCAAAGGCUAGAUCUGUGCAUCGUUCUGAGGGUUCUACGUCUUCUAAAGCAGAGGAAUUCCCAAGUCGACGCAUGGAACAAGAUGUAGUUCGUCCAAAAUCAGCUGGAGUGCCUGAUCAGUCUGCUGGACGCGUUGCCAAAUCGUCUUUGCCCCCUUCUGAUGUCUUCCAAUCACAAGCCGAACCUUCGACAGCAGCAGCUGAGGUACAGCCUCAACGACUUGAACCCUCACAUACAGGUGGUGAAUACCCCUCGAAGUCCCCAAAAUCUUCCAGAUUCGCAAGUUUCCGCAGGCUAGGUAGCCUCUCGAGGCCAAGCACGAUGUACGGGUCGUCCUCAUCUGUACGACAUAGUCAGUCAAUGAGUUCAGAAAUCUCCUCAGAGGAUUCGCAGGCUGUUGCAACGCCUCCUGAGGCGCAUUUGGAGUUUGGUGCAUUGAAAUUCCUCCCGGCUAAUGAAGACUAUGGUCACGGAAAUAGGUCAACUACCUCUUUCCACUCUUUGUCGUCUAAAAAAAGCGGAAGUAAUUUGGGGCGGGCAGCAUCUUUUGCUGAGAAAAUGUGGUCAAGGGCAAGAACGAAGUCGAGCACAAGCACCGUUAGUUUAGCUCCGAGUGAAGGGACAGGUGAGAAAAUUUUACUUAUAAAUGAUAAAGCAACUUAUCUGUGCAUAGUGGAUGAGGCUCCCAAACUCCCAGCAUUUGGCGCAACUGCUGCUUUGGAACUUCCAACCUUGCCAUCUGUCCCUGUAAUUGUUCCUCCGUCCCCAGAGAAGAAGAGCAAUUUGAUUUUGGAUCCUCCAAAGCGAUCUACGUCACUCAAACGGUCAACAAAUUUGCCGCCUAUUCCGCUCGAACCCGUGCCUCCUAUCCCUACGAUCCCUAUCUCAAUUCAUUCUCGCCCUCAGGCGCGCAAUGCCGAAAUCUCUCUUGAAACUUCUAACGAUUCAUUGUUGCCACCUGGUUCGGGAGACUCUUCGCGGCCAACUUCAUGGACGUCAUUAUCAUCCGCAGGGUCGCUGGGCUCCCUGCCCUCCCCUCUGUUUGACAAAGAAUUCUUUGAUUCGUUCCCUUCUGUUCCCGGAACAACACCUAUGCCAGAUAUCAACACUGUCGCCAAUUUUCCUCAUCGGCGCGAUGCAUCGUUUGACUCUGCCCUGCUUUCCUCCGCGAUCCAUCUUGCUUCAUCGCAUAAAUCCGCUGCAAAUCCUUCUACCACUACUCUUCAUCAACAGCUUCCAAAUUACAAAGAUACACCCACCGCAGUAUCCGUCGCUCUACCUCGUCGCUCUGGGGAAUCGACUCGUUGA